CUUUGCCCGGUUAGCCGUUACGCCAAUCACAGACUGGCUUCGUCAAGUUUCAGUUGCGGGUUUGUGUUUCUCGGCGUCGGUUUUUAGUGUUUGUUAUUGUGUUUACUUCUUGAAAAUAAAGUUUUUCUUUCGAGAUGAACAAGAAUCUCCGCGAUUCGCCGUCGCGGCUAGCGGCGCUAUCCGAGCGCAAAGUAGACCAACCUGCACGACCAAGGUCGCCCGGGCGACCAAAGUCACCCGCGCGCAACAAGUCGCCUAGGCGUCCCAAAUCGUCGCCGGCUGCGAACGCGCGUUCCAAGUCGCCGGCGCGACCCAAAUCGCCGGCACGCGCUACAAAAGCGGAGGCCGAAAAGAAGCCGCGCGCCAAGAGUAAAUCGCCCAGUCGCAAGGCGCCUGCCAAGGAGAAAAAGGCGAAAUCGCCAUCCCGCUCUGCUAAGGCUGUCAUCGAGAAGAUUGAUCCGAUCAGGGAGCCUACGAUCUCGCCUGGUAUUGAAGAAGUGCUUCGAAGAAGCCGCGAGCGAUCGAUCUUGGAGGAGAUCCGUGCGUCGCGCGAGCGGUCAAGUGUUUCGGUCGAACCGCAGGGCGUCACUCUCAGACGGUCAGCCCGGGUCAAGUCCAGUAUUGAUCGAGAUGGACUGGUUCAGACAACAACAGAUCGUAUUUUGAAGGCUAAUCACGUUGGAAUGUCGACUAAGCAGCCAUCGACCAAGGAGUUUGGAGGGUGGCCUGGUGCCUUGAUUUUGAUCUUCCUUCUGCCUGUCACUGUGCUUGCCUUGCAGUUAUCCUGUUUGACAAAGGAGCGUUGCAAUAUGCUGACAAUCACAAGGCCGCCGUUGAGCUGGAAGUACUACCUGGACCUGUCAGUGGCGCAGUGGUUCGCCGCAUUCCUGGCCGUGCAAGCGGUGCUCUCUGCCUUGCCAUUGGGCCGCAUCAAGCAGGGCGUGUCCCAACGCUACGGCCUGGCCAAUCCGCAGUAUCGGUGCACUGGUUUCCAGAUCGCCGUGCUGACCCUGUCUGCGGUGGCUGGCCUGCAGUACUUGGGCUACCCAAUGACGCUAGUGCUGAGCAAGAGCGUGACCCUGCUGGUUCAGUCGAUCAUCCUGGGGCUUCUGGUGUCUGUGGCCCUCUACGUGAAGGGCGGUCGGCCCUCGGCUGUCCCCAACCCCAACGGCAGCACUGGCAACGUCGUCUACGACUUUUGGAUCGGCCGUGAGAUCAAUCCGAGGCUGGGUAUCUUCGAUGUUAAACAGUUUCUGUUGCGGACUGCUGUCAUUGAGUCGCUGAUCUACGACGGCCUGGUGUUGUGGAAAGCCAUUGACGGCAAGCAGGUGUCUGCCUACCCGCCCACCUUGGUCGCCAUCACCCUGCUGCAGGCACUCGUCAUGCUCGACCACCUCUGGCACGAGGAGCAGUUUCUGUCCUCGUUCCACACUCAACACGAGGGAUGCGGCUACAUGACGGUCAUGGCCAGCCUCAUCUGGCCGUUCGCCGCCACCUUUGUGUCCAAGUACUUACUGCUCAACUCGCUGUGCAAAGGUUUCCAGAUCGCCGUGCUGACCCUGUCUGCGGUGGCUGGCCUGCAGUACUUGGGCUACCCGAUGACGCUAGUGCUGAGCAAGAGCGUGACCCUGCUGGUUCAGUCGAUCAUCCUGGGGCUUCUGGUGUCUGUGGCCCUCUACGUGAAGGGCGGUCGGCCCUCGGCUGUCCCCAACCCCAACGGCAGCACUGGCAACGUCGUCUACGACUUUUGGAUCGGCCGUGAGAUCAAUCCGAGGCUGGGUAUCUUCGAUGUCAAACAGUUUCUGUUGCGGACUGCUGUCAUUGAGUCGCUGAUCUACGACGGCCUGGUGUUGUGGAAAGCCAUUGACGGCAAGCAGGUGUCUGCCUACCCGCCCACCUUGGUCGCCAUCACCCUGCUGGUUCAGUCGAUCAUCCUGGGGCUUCUGGUGUCUGUGGCCCUCUACGUGAAGGGCGGUCGGCCCUCGGCUGUCCCCAACCCCAACGGCAGCACUGGCAACGUCGUCUACGACUUUUGGAUCGGCCGUGAGAUCAAUCCGAGGCUGGGUAUCUUCGAUGUUAAACAGUUUCUGUUGCGGACUGCUGUCAUUGAGUCGCUGAUCUACGACGGCCUGGUGUUGUGGAAAGCCAUUGACGGCAAGCAGGUGUCUGCCUACCCGCCCACCUUGGUCGCCAUCACCCUGCUGCAGGCACUCGUCAUGCUCGACCACCUCUGGCACGAGGAGCAGUUUCUGUCCUCGUUCCACACUCAACACGAGGGAUGCGGCUACAUGACGGUCAUGGCCAGCCUCAUCUGGCCGUUCGCCGCCACCUUUCUGAUCUACGACGGCCUGGUGUUGUGGAAGGCCAUUGACGGCAAGCAGGUGUCUGCCUACCCGCCCACCUUGGUCGCCAUCACCCUGCUGCAGGCACUCGUCAUGCUCGACCACCUCUGGCACGAGGAGCAGUUUCUGUCCUCGUUCCACACUCAACACGAGGGAUGCGGCUACAUGACGGUCAUGGCCAGCCUCAUCUGGCCGUUCGCCGCCACCUUUGUGUCCAAGUACUUACUGCUCAACUCACCAAUAUCGGUUCAGAACUCAUUCUCAAAGAUACAUGAGCUGCUAGCCCAGAAGGCGAUUACAGAAUACCUGAGUGAGAAUAAGCUACUCUCACCCUGCCAGUUUGGAUUUCGGUCUGAGAGGUCAACAACAGAUGCCAUGAAUAGUCUCAUAUCCAAAGUAUAUGAUGCAUUGGAUGAAGGCAAGAAGGCUUUGGGGUUGUUUGUGGAUCUGAGAAAAGCAUUUGAGAGUUUGGAUCAUGAUGUGCUCUUUGAGAAAUUGGUAUACUAUGGAUUCAGGGGACCAGUUCUGAAAUGGCUAAAGUCGUUCAUCAGUAACAGAUCACAGGUUGUUGAAAUUGUAGCAGAAAAUGGUCACGUGAAGAACUAUAAAUACAGAUCCCAAGACAGGCAACUGACCAGAGGAGUACCUCAAGUAACCCAACCUAACCGAGUGCUGUGUUUGGUUUGCGCCAUAGGCCUGCCAGUGAUCCAAACGACGACCUCCAAGAAGCUUCUGUGUGGUGGCUGGUGGGGCUGGUCGCGCCAUCCCAACUACUUCGGCUCCCUGGUCAUGUACUGGGCGCACGCCUUGGGCGCGGUUGCCGCCGCUGCUACUGCCACGUUGCCGCACUGGGCGCUGUUCGUUGUGCCAGUCGGUAUGACCGUGUUUUUGCUCCAUAGAGCAGUGCGCGACCACCGCCGCUGCCAGGCGGUCUACGGCAACGCGUGGGACCGCUACACGCACAAAGUCAAGUACCAUCUGGUGCCCCGUGUGUUUUAAGUCCUCCAGACCUUGGUCUUGCUGCUGGGAGCAUAUUAUUAGCUAGUGAAAGCGUGCAGUGGAGUGGAGGAAAUAGACAGUGUUUUCUUUUAUAGAUUGGAACUUAUUGAUUGGAGAUGAGCUUGAUCUCAUGUUGUGUUUCAUUUUUCUGACAGUGGACAUAUUAGUUUUGAUAGACAGACUCAAGUAAUAGUGUACUUGAUAUUGUUUGUGUUUUAUUUUUAUGAACAAAAACUACUUAAGGGCUUUGUUAGGUUUAUCUGUGUUUGAUAGAACCGUUAACAUUUCUUCAAUGUUUUGAAAAACUAUUUUUCAUAUCUUGAUAAAGAUAAGUAAAUAUCAAUGUCUUUGGUUUUAAAUAAAUGUAGAUAAUAUUAUCUACCUUGUUUGUGACUUCUUCUAAAAGACAAAGAUGUAAAGAUAUUAAUUAUAUCAACUCAAAGAGUUUAAUAAACUUUAGAGGUAUUUGUACAUAAGAUUGGUAAAUAUUUUAGUACUCACAUUAUAGGUUUUAGUAGAGUUAUUAGGUAUUUUUAUUGUGAGUUGUAAUCUCUUGAUGAUUAUUACACAUAUCACAUAUCUAUUCACAAUAAUUGGUUUUUUAUCACAUGUAUCCAAUGUAGAUCUAGAUCCAUUUAAUUUGACAAGAAUGCUAGUAAUCAAAUUUUAUUUAUCAAGAUUCUUUGUAGUUCAAUAAUAUUUUAAGUAUGAAUCUAUGUAUCGGUUUGAUAUGUUCAUAUGUAUAUAAUAUGAUUAUUGUCUAGUUUUGAGUAAGAUUUUCAACAUCAACUAUGAUAUUUUUUUAGUUUGUGUAUUUGCAUUAGAAUUUUAGUUUUUUUUUAAGAAAGCAAUCUUUGGUCAUAUCGUUUGAUAUUGGCUCAAUUUCAAUCAAUCUUCAACCUUAUAUUGUGCAAUACGCAUGAUCUCUAAAGAAUAUUGUGUAAUAAUUUUCUUACAAAUGAUUGAAAUUUUGAGAAAAUAUCUUAUUUGAAUUCAUACAUAUAGUAAAUUUAUGAAGAAUCAUAUACUAAUAUUAUUGGACCAAAUAUUGUCGACAAUAAUAAAAAUACUGCCAGGUAUUGCCAUACAUUUUGUAGAUUUAUUAAAAUUAAUAAAACCAUGCUGAAAUCGAUCUAUUUUUAAAAUAAUUUUUCCAGAAAAGUAUCUCCUGCUCUCAACCAUAUUUUAGUUUUGCUCAAGUUGAUGAAAAUGUAUUUGAGUUACAACUAGAAUGUAUGUUGGUACUUUAAAAUUAUUACUCGAGUCCAUUGUGUUUCAAUCCAUUUUACUCAAUGAUUUAUGAUUUUUUAGUAUAUUAGUAUUCUGUUUUGCAUUUUGAUGAUAGAAAAUUAUUGUUGUGUUCACCCUUGAUGUUUAGAAAAUUCUCAAAUACAUACAAAUUUGAGAGCUUUCAGACAUCCUAUUUAUGAUGAAUUUUGACGAUUUCUAUCAUCGUUAUUGUGUAACAUGUCUUCUACUUUUAUCGUAAAUGAAUAAUUUUAAAUACUUUGCCUUGACAAAUUGUUGAAUCUAUUGUUGUAGAUUUUCAAUAGCGUUUAAAGAUUUUGAUUUCAUCACUUCGUGCCUUGAAUAUCUAUAAUAACAUUUUUAACAUGAAGACUACGGUACGUCGCAAAUGAUGUAAUGAUUAAGUUUUUGAAGAUUGACGUGUUCAUAGUAAUUUAGUAAAUUGUAACUAUUACAAAUGUAAUUCUAAUGUGUUUUUAAAUACAUGAAAACGUUACUUGAAAAAACACACAUUUUAACAUUACAUUUUGAACAAUUUUCAAAAAUAAUGCGUUUCAUGUGUUCACAACGAAAUUUAUUUAAGUUUAAAAUUUUCUAAGAUUAUUUUCGUGAUCUUCUAUGAUCAUGAAAUCAAUUUUACAUAAAUUUUCUUCCAGUUUGAAGCUUAUUGAAGUUACAAGUCGUGUAAUUCAAUCAAUGUGUAACAAUAUUGGGCCUUGAUUUCUUCAAAAUUUACUUUUCCCUGACUCCUACAGUUGCUCCGGUCUUGUGUUCAACUCACAUUCCGCCUGGAAUUUUUAUAUAUCUAUAUAAAACCUUUACCUAACCUGUACCUUUACCUAACCUGUACCUUUACCUAAGUUUUAGUAGCUGGCAAAAAUUUUAUGACUGGAUAGCUUAAAGAAGCUUCAAAUAAAUAUUUCAAUUUUGUGAACACAUGAAAUACUUGUUGGUUUUUGAAACCUUGUACAGUAUGUAUUUAAUUUUUUAUGUGUCCAUAUAAAUCUUAAGUUUACAUAAAAAUUUUUCAACUUGAACUAUAAUUUUACAUUUAUCACAAUUAAUAAAAAUAGUUUGCCAGAAACUAUAGGCACAUCUAGAGCAAUAAUUAGAUUAUAGUAGUAAUCUUUUGGUGUUGUGGUAAUUAUCCAUAUAAAAUUAAUACGACUUGAUAUUUCUAAAACCAAUAAUGGUUUAUGAAAACAAUCUCAGUUUUAAUAAACCAGUGGUUUAUACAAUAUCAAGUCGUUUUCAUAGAUUAUCAUUCAAUUUAUUUUGUAUAGAAAUUUAAAAGGAGAAACAGCAUGCCUUCAUUAUAACUUUUAAAGUGUAAAAUUGAUUGUAUAUCCAUUUUCUUGUGCAUAAAAAUUGUU